AAAACGAUGAAGAUUGCAGAGAGCAAUCUGCAUAUUUAACAAAUCUUUACGGACUUUGUUAUGUCUCGUUUAUCUCGACACACGUAUUGCUCGUGUCAGUAAUAUAUUAUCAUUCUCAACGUCGUAAUGCAAGAACAAGAUGGCCGCGGCGAAGAAUCAGACACGUUAAUAAUAUACCAUAUCACCAAUAAUAACCCAGUCUUCUUUUUCUUUUCAGACAGAAGAAAAAUAUCCAUAAGACAUUGAAAGCUUAUUCUAACCAAAACUUAGUGAUAAGAAGUUUAUCGAUGCAUAUGACCUUAAACCGCUUCAUCUCAACCAUUCACCCAAGAGAACGUUAGAAAACAGUCCUAAGCAUAGAGAGGAAUAGAAACAACGCUUUCUUCUUGAUGUUACUGCAUCUGAACAUCGUAUUUCCAACAAGUAGACCAUUAAUACAUACAAGCUUGAGCUAUACUUCAGGUUGAAGAUCAUCAAAUGAAAAACUGUAUGAAGUCAGAGAGAAAUCUGAAAACGAGACAGAUCAUAAUCGCGUAACGGAAGCAAUAAUCAUUGAAUCCAGUUAUCCUGAAACGUUAAUCAGCGAUGACGCAAUGCGCCAAGGUGCUAGACGGCGGCUUUUCCAGCCAAUUGUCCCGCCAUGUGGGCGCUAAAUUCGACGACGACCCGUUGUGGACGGCGCGGUUCCUCCAGACCAACCCAUCAGCUGUGUACAACACGCACCUGGACUAUCUGCGUGCCGGUGCUGAGAUAAUCGAGACCAACACAUAUCAGGCAUCGGUGCCAGGUCUCAUGAAGUACCUAAACAUCAGCAUGGACGAGAGUCUAGCCUUGCUUGCCAAGGCCGUAGAGCUGGCUAAACAAGCAGUAGUUACUUAUAUGAAGGAAAAUACAGCAAACGACAAGCAAGGUGGCGAGAAGCCGUUGGUGGCUGGCUCAUGCGGGCCCUAUGGCGCUUGUCUGCACGACAAGUCGGAGUACACCGGCGCUUACGGGAAGAGCAUGUCGCGCCAAGAACUGAUGGACUGGCAUAGACCGCGUAUACAAGCAUUACUGGACGCCGGUGUUGAUCUCUUGGCUCUGGAGACUAUACCUUACGCAGAAGAAGCGGACGCGUUGGUGGAGCUGUUGCGGGAGUUUCCACGAGCUCGCGCCUGGCUUUCGUUUUCUUGCCGCGACGACCGGCAUAUAGCGGACGGCAGUGACUUCCGGGAGGUGGCUGUGCGUUGCUACCGAGCCCUGCCCGAGCAGGUUGUAGCGGUCGGCGUCAACUGCGUGCCGCCGAAUUACGUGAAGACCUUAUUGCAGGGAAUCAAUAAAGAAGAGCGUUCGCAGGACUUCAUCCCUUUGAUAGUGUAUCCUAACAGAGGCGGCUGUUAUUCCGAGACCGACGAGUGGAUACCGGUCCCGGAUGAUCAGCGUAUUAAUCUACCUGUGUUGGACUGGCUUGACUUGGGGGUACGAUACAUCGGCGGCUGCUGUAAGGUUUUCGCGGAGGACAUUGGCGCGAUCCGCUCGUUGGUGAAUCGCUGUCAUCCCGCAGAACAGCGACACUGACUUCAAACGACAUAUCACGAAAUAAUGAAGUCGUAUCUUCU